GGAAGGAUAAGCUGGUAAAACGAGGUUAAACUCUAAACAUCUAAUCGAUUGAGGAGUGGAUGGCAAUAGUCAUUAAAAUAUGUGCAUGCAAAUCCAGUCAUUGCUAUUCGCUCUCUCAAACUGCAAGCGUGUCAAAUCACUAUUCUAGGACAGGACAGUACAAGCGAUUUGUGUGCAUUGCAGACUAGAUUAUCUCAAAGCACGCGGUGAAAUUCAGGGGCGCGCACACAUACAAACGCACAAAGUCUACACACUCAGCAUGCGCGCACCGCUAUGAUACAGUAGCGAAGGUACAUAGGCAAGGCAAUAUUCGUUCCUGUUUCGCUUUCAUAAACGUGGGAUUUGAGAGAUUGGUUCUGGCAUCAUCAGGUAGAGUUCCAGAGGUCAACAAUUUUGAGAGACGAGAGAAGGUGGGUAGACUACACUUUUAACCGUCGAGGGAAUUUAAGCCCAUUGACACACAUUCAUUCGACCCUGAAUUCAUCCAUAAUUUAAGAUAGCAAAACAAGGAAAUGUUUCUUCAUAUGCGUGAGUUGGCUGCAACUGAAGCAGCAGAGACUUGAGUGGAGGAGUAGGAAGACAGGAGAGGGGACACAUCAGAUGCAGGAUUGAACUGUUUUAAAAAGAUGUGUGGAGUCGACGUGGACCUGGAUGAAGGAGGGUCGAGUGAGGAGGAGAAGGAGGAGGAGCUCUGGGUGGGGGAGGGUGUGCAGAUGUUGACUCCUCCCAUGGCCCACAGCGAGGGCAGUGCAUGGGGCAGCCGUCGAGGGAGGUGUGGAUGCUUGGCCUUCGGGACAGGGCUGGUUCUGUGGAAUGUGGGCAUUGGGCUGAUGUGUGUCCUGCUCCUGCUGGCUGUGUUCACCCUGGUCCUGCUGCCUGCGUCUCUGCUCCUCUACGCUGGUUUCUUAUGUCACUCACGGGUUCUAGACUCCAAAUUGCCUAUCUGCCAUUAUCUUGAUGAUAACAGCUGCUCUGCCCUCAUCAUUCUGGGCUUUGUGAUGAUGUCACCGCUGGUGGUCGUGGCGGCGGCCAUUUUCUGUGGCUUGCUUCGGAGGCUGCGGCUCCUGCUGCUGUUUCAACCAAUCACACGGGCCUGGUACCGUGGGAGAAUCCUGGACUGGGCGGGCAAUGUCCGUGCCUGGGUCUGAUCAAAAAGCGCUUUCAAAAAGAGGAUAAUAUGAGGAAGUGAACUGUCAGCAGGAGAGGGGCUGGUUCCAAAUGAAGUUUGAAGCCUUACUGCCUUAGCAUCUGAGAAGAUCUGGAUUGUCUUCUGAUUGGCUAGUUAGAAUUGUUGCCAUUAGAGCAUAGGGUGCGGGCUCAGGGUUUGAUUUGAGAUCUGGCAAAGAUGUUUUUAAAUGUACAAAAUGUGAUCCAGUCAAGUGUUUUAAAAGACUAAGAGCCUAAGAUGUCUGUAGCCUUAGAAGGACAACUUGACUGAGCAAAUGCUUUACAGCUUUAAAGGAAGAGUCAGUAAAAAGAUUGGUUGAGCAUACAAGCUUAUACUGUCUGUGGUUUUGAAUGUAUCUCUUAUCUGUAAUGUUAAUGGAUAUUGUUGUGUAUCUUAAGUAGCAUGUAGAAUAAUUUGUUAAUGUAUAAUAUUUCAUUCUGAAAUGCAAGGGUAGAGAAGGCAUUGGCAAGUUGCAUUUGUAUUUGCAGAUUGAAGUCUUUUAGUAGUUUGCCACCAACUCUCAGUGAACAUGAAAAUUGUAAUGACUUGCUGUCUUUAUAGUCGCUUAUCUUAUAUCCUGUGUUUGAGGGGCAGAAUAGAAUUAGCAGCACUUUAGUUUGUCAUUUUUAUUUUGUGUCCACUACACUACCUGGUGUGUGCUUAUAAUUUCUUGAUCAAAUAAACCCAU